AAUGGUCAUCACAAAGAAGAAGAAGAAGAAGAAGAAGAAGAAGACGAAGCUUCCUCUGUUUCAUUCCUCAACGGACCACUCCAUCAAAAAAGUCUCCUCCCAUCAUCAUCAUCCCUCAUCGCUUUUCCAUUCCAACGUUGUUACUCACCCGCUUUGAUCUCUUCCUCUCUGUCUUCCCGCUGGAUGCUCAACUUGGGUAUUCCUUAAUUUGUCACAGAAAUGCAUAGUUCCAAUCAGGACACCCAAGAUCCGAGGAGUAAUUCAGGCAAGGAUGAGUCCCCUGGGAUUACCAUUGAAUUUCUUCGGGCACGUUUACUGUCUGAAAGGUCUGUCUCUAGAAGCGCAAGGCAAAGAGCUGAUGAGCUGGAAAAAAUGGUAGAGGAACUGGAGGAGCAGCUUAAAUUUGUAUCUCUUCAAAGAAAAAAGGCUGAGAAAGCCACAGCAGAUGUUCUUGCCAUUUUGGAGAACCAGGGGGCAAGUGACAUUUCUGAGGAAUUUGAUUCAAGCUCUGAUCAAGAAACCUUCCUUGAAUCCAAAAUGGGUACUAACUCGAGAAAAGAAGAGGAGUGCUUAAACUCAGAGAGAAGAAGUGAGCAUGAGGAACAUUCAGGCUCUGACGUUGAUUCUCCUUCAAUACGUGGUAGAAGCUUGUCUUGGAAAGGGCGGAAUGAUUCUCCGCGUUCCCGUGAAAGGUAUAAGGAAUGUUCCAUCAAACGACGUAGUAUUUUUUCAGCCAUUGGUUCAUCUUCUUCAAGACAUAACCUUGGAAAGUCUUGUCGGCAAAUAAAACACCGAGAAACAAGGUCAGUAGUUGAGCGCUCCAAGGAUGAGCAUGCAAAGUUUGAUGAUUCUGAAGAAAAUGGGGUUGCUGCUUCUUCUGAAGGUCUUUCAAAUUGCUCAUACUGUGACCCUGUGAGAAAGAGAGAUGGUUCUGAAUCUGCAUCCCAGAAAGAGAAAUUUUUGUUGAAGGAUGCACUCACAGGGAGUAAAGAACAUCAAAGAAAUGGUUAUCUUGAUUUUAAUGGGCAUGGGAGAAACAAAGACAUGGAAAAAGCACUUGAACAUCAGGCACAACUUAUUGGCCAAAAUGAAGAGAUGGAACUGGCUCAAAGAGAAUGGGAAGAGAAGUUCAGAGAAAAUAACACUAGUACACCGGAUUCAUGUGACCCUGGGAACCGUUCAGAUAUCACUGAGGAAAGAGAUGAGAUGAAGGCUCCAUUCCCUGCUGAGAUUGCUGCCCCCCAAGCCCAGGAGGCAAAAUCAGAGGCGGGCGAUGCUUGCCUGUGUGAGGAAAAGAUUAAAACACAGCCUAAUGGUUAUCUACCACCUUCAGAUGUAGAGAUGGGAGGCAUGCAGGAUCAACUGAAUAGAAGCACUGUUGCUUCUGCCUCAUCAGUUCAAGAAUUUGCAUUCCCCACAGCAUAUGAAAAGCAAACUCAAGAGAGCCUAGAAAACAAUGGUCAUCAACCUUCACCUGGCCCCCAUCAUGACCCGCUUUUGCUUUUAUCAUCCCACAACAGGUCACCAGUUGCCUCUUCCAAUGGAGGCAGUAGUUUCCAUGAUGCUUCAGGGAGCAGAAAUGACAUGUAUGCAUUGGUGCCUCAUGACUCACAGGAACGGUUGGGUGGUGUACUGGAUGCACUUAAACAAGCAAAGCGAUCACUACAGAAAAAAAUUACCGGAUUGCCUCUAGUAGAUGGUACAUCUAUUCAGGAAUCUAAUCAAUUAUCCAUUCCUGCUGUAACAACUGGAAGCAGAUUGGAUCUUCCUUUUGGGUGUGCUGGGCUUUUCAGAUUACCAACUGAUUUUGCGGUUGAAGAAGCUGCGAGUAAACAUAGCUACCUUGGUUUGGGAUCUUCCUUGCCAACUGCAAGAUCUUGUCCUGACAAGGGGCUGGGAGCUUCUUCCACCGAUCAAUAUGUCACAAGCACUUAUGUGGAGAUUAGACCACCCUAUUAUAAUCAUGUUGGUGACCGAUUCGCGGCCACCCCAGCUUAUGUUGAGAAUAGACGAACCUUUUCCACUGGUGCUGGGGAUCGAGGUGUUGCCAGUCCUUAUGAGGAGACUAGAAGAUCUUUCUCUUCGAAUGCUGCUGGUCAAUUUGUCACCAGUCCCAGUAUUGAGGGUAGACCACCUUUCUCCAACAAUUUUGGUGAUAGAUACAAUGGUGUUGGACAUAUUGAUAGUAGACCAACAUUUUCUACCAAUGCCGGUGAUCGAUAUGUCUCAAGUCCUUACCUUGAGAUGAGACCAAACUUUCCUGUGAAUGUUGCUGAUCAGUUUGUUACUAGCGCGUCCGCUGAGACCAGAUCAAAUUUUUCUGCUGAUAAUAGAUAUCUUGGUGGUCACUAUCCAAAAUCUUGGUCAAGAGUUUCUUCGCCGAGUCCACAUUUUGAUCCCUACUUAGAUACUAGCCAACCGUCAUCCAGAUAUACCAGUUCCACCACCUAUCAGAACUAUCCUCCUUUUCCAGACCCGGCGCGCUGGACAGAUUCUGAUGAAGUAUUUGCAAAGCCCUUUCCACAAAGGCCUACUGGGGCACCUGCAUAUCUUUCGGCAUCGUAUGAAGAUCUUGGCAGACCUAAUAUGUACAGAUAAUAGGAGUUCUUAGUUAGUUGAUCACAGUGAGCCUUAGUAGUGAGUAGUGGUUUGGUUGAUUUGUUUACACUCAAAAGGACCUGGAUGUUUCAUUGUUCUUGUUUCCCCUCUACCUGGAAUUUUCUCUAUUUAUCAAAGGAGAUUGAGGUGUGCACACAUCCAACACUGUAGUUAGUGAUCCAGUCAUUUGUUGGCUUCUGUUUCACUUGAUGUUUCAUUUAAACAGUUCUCUCGGUUCAAGUACGUGCAUCAGCAUCAGACAUUGCUCUCGACAGAUUGUCAAGCAAUGUGGCAAAUGGAAAGGAAUGUAAUAUCCGCAUUUACUGAUAACCGAUAACAUUUUAUAAGAUUAUGAAUAAAUAAUUAUCAAUGUGGUAAAUUUGUUAUUAGUAAACAUAAAACACAUGUUGUAAUUUUGUUUUCAAUUUUGGAAUUUAGUAAUUAAAAUUGUAAUUUUAGUUC